GCUUGAGUGAGUGCUCCCUCAACUGUUAUGUUUGCCCGCUUUUUAUUCUUUUGCUUUUUUAACUGUCCGGGUUUCAGGGUUUCACUUUUUGAGGUUGGUUCUCUCUGGUUUUCCCACCGCUCACCCACUCACUCACACUCUCAGUCUCUCACCCCUGCCCUGCCACUAAUCUUGCCUUCAAGUUUUAUCAUCAUCGGCGGUUGCUUUGCAACUGGGUAAUUUUAUGCAAAAGCAAUCAUUCCCUCUUUAAAAAAAGAAAGAGCAGACUUUUCUCUCCUUAUAAAAAGCCAUCUUCUUCUUCUUCCUCCCUCUCUUAUCCAACUGUUUGGCUCCCUCUUUAUAUUUUUCUCUCUUUUGGGAAAGGAAAUAAAAAAAGUGGGGCACUUGAAAAAAUGGGGUCUUUUUGUUGUAGUGGGAGAAUUAGCAGCAUUCUUCUUCUGUUCUUAUGUGUUCUUGCUGCUGAAAUUAGCAUUUGCCUUUCAUCCAAGGUGUAUGUUGUUUAUAUGGGAAGCAAAAAUGGUGAGGAUCCAGAUGAGAUUUUGACACAAAACCAUGAAAUGCUUGCUUCUGUGCACACUGGAAGCAUGGAGGAAGCUCAGGCAUCUCACAUUUACAGUUACAGACAUGGCUUCAGAGGCUUUGCUGCCAAGUUAACCGACCUCCAAGCAUUCCAAAUUUCCCAGAUGCCAGGAGUUGUUUCGGUUUUCCCCAAUUCGAAAAGAAGCUUGCACACCACUCAUUCCUGGGAUUUCAUGGGCCUUUUGGGUGAAGAAACUAUGGAGAUUUCUGGGUUUUCCACCAAGAACCAAGUUAAUGUCAUUGUUGGUUUCAUUGAUACUGGAAUUUGGCCUGAAUCUCCGAGUUUUGAUGAUGCCAACAUGCCUCCGGUGCCAGCUAGAUGGAAGGGGCGUUGUCAAUUAGGAGAAAAAUUCACUGCUUCAACUUGCAACAGGAAAGUGAUUGGCGCUCGAUACUAUAAUUCUGGUUAUGAAGCUGAGGAAGAGUCAACAACCAGAGUGUCAUUCAGAUCACCAAGGGACAGCUCCGGUCAUGGCAGUCACACAGCCUCUAUAGCUGCUGGUCGGUAUGUGUCAAACAUGACUUAUAAGGGAUUGGCAGCUGGAGGGGCAAGAGGAGGUGCACCAAUGGCUAGGAUUGCAGUGUACAAGACAUGCUGGAACUCUGGUUGUUAUGACGUUGACCUACUAGCGGCCUUUGAUGAUGCAAUCAGAGACGGGGUUGAUAUCAUGUCUCUGUCUCUAGGUCCUGAUGCUCCUCAGGGUGACUAUUUCAGUGAUGCCAUUUCUGUCGGAUCAUUUCAUGCUGCUAGUCAUGGAAUUUUAGUGGUUGCUUCUUCUGGAAAUGAAGGAAACCCCGGUUCUGCAACAAAUUUAGCCCCAUGGAUGCUCACUGUUGCAGCAAGUUCAACAGAUAGGGAUUUCACUUCUGAUAUCAUACUAGAAAAUGGUGCUAAUUUCACGGGUGAAAGUCUCAGUCUCUUCGAAAUGAAAACCUCAGCAAGAAUUAUUUCCGCCUCUGAAGCCAAUGCAGGGUAUUUUACUCCGUAUCAAUCCAGUUACUGUUUAGAAAGUUCCUUGAAUAGAACCAAGGCCAGAGGGAAGGUUCUGGUCUGUCGACAUGCUGAGAGUUCAACAGAGUCAAAGCUCACUAAAAGUAUGCUAGUGAAAAAAGCUGGUGGUGUCGGGAUGGUUCUCAUUGAUGGGGCAGAUAAGGGUAUUGCUGUCCCAUUUGUCAUCCCUUCAGCUAUUGUUGAACAGAGGAUAGGGCAUCGUAUUUUAUCUUAUAUUAAACGCACACGGAAACCCAUGUCUCGAAUUUUGCCCGCAAAGACUAUACUGGGACUGAAACCUGCACCUCGUGUUACUGCGUUUUCUUCAAAAGGCCCCAAUUCAUUGACACCGGAGAUUUUGAAGCCCGAUGUCACAGCUCCUGGACUGAAUAUACUAGCAUCUUGGUCCCCAGCAGCAGGGAAUAAGCAGUUCAACAUUCUUUCUGGUACUUCCAUGGCUUGCCCACAUGUAACAGGAAUCGCCGCCUUGAUCAAAGCUGUUUAUCCAUCAUGGUCCCCAGCAGCUAUUAGAUCUGCAAUCAUGACUACGGCUACUCUUCUGGAUAAGAACCACAAACCCAUCCUAGUGGACCCUGAAGGAAGAAGGGGUAACGCAUUCGAUUAUGGCUCAGGCUUUGUGAACCCGAAAAGAGUCCUUGACCCCGGCCUUGUCUAUGACGUGCAUUCAGCAGACUACGUAGAAUUCCUUUGUUCAGUUGGUUAUGACGAGAAGGCAGUCCAUCAAAUCACACAAGACAACAGUACGUGUAAGCAGGCAUUUCGAACAGCGUCUGACCUGAACUAUCCAUCUAUCACAGUGCCAUAUCUUGUAGGUAACUUCUCGGUAACUAGAACAGUGACCAAUGUUGGUAAGCCAAAGCGUAUAUAUAAAGCUGUGGUGUCCUCACCCGUUGGAAUCAGUGUUACUAUUGUCCCGAAUCGAUUAAUCUUCAAGAGGUUUGGCCAGAAGAUACAGUUCACUGUAAACUUCAAGGUGGCUGCUCCACCAUCGAAGGGAUAUGCAUUCGGGUUCUUUUCAUGGGUAAGUGGACGAUCAAGAGUUACCAGCCCCCUGGUUGUCCGAGUUGCACAUUCAAACUCAGGGCUGCUGAGAUAGCAACCCACAACCCGCCCCGAAAAUUAGAUUAGGACCCUUGUUAUCCUUGCAGAUAAUAGAAACCGUACACAGUAAGAAACCAAUGCAGAAUUAUUAUCAGAUUAUCUGUAAUUUUUGUGGUUGAUAUGAGAUUAUUUGUUAAACCAAGUAUAUCAAAGAAAUAUUUAUUUGUUAUUUUCCCCCUUCA